UAUAGGUGAAAAUAUUCAUUAAGUUUGAUUCUCAUAUAACAGGUUAAUGACAGUGUCAAUCUAUGCAUUGGUGGUCGCCCAAUGUGUGCCCGUUGUCGUGACAUAGACACCCACUACCAUUAUUAUGCAACAGGAGACAGGUAUAAUACCGACCACGACUGUAGCUGGGAGAAUGGCUUGGUCUGUACUAGCGACGUCAACGGGAAGACCUGCAAGGACUACGAGGUGAAUUUUAAAUGUCCAAACAUAGGCACGUGUCCUGCAUGCGCUAAAUGGACUCCCUGGAUGGACAGAGACAACCCCAGCGGUAACGGAGACGCUGAGCACGUGGGACCAACGGGCUUUAAUCCGUGCUCCGGCCAUGAACCAAUUGAUAUCCAGUGUCGCGUGACAGGAACCAAUCAGCCGUGGGAUCAGACGGGUCAGGUGAUCAAAGUGAAGUGCACGUCCUCUGAAGGGUUCGUCUGCGAGAACAGCGACCAGCCAAGUGGAGAAUUUUGCAAAGAUUACGAAGUCCGUUUUCUGUGUCCGUAACUUAUGUCACUCGUUUGUUUUCACUGAAGACGGGGGGAAGACGGUGGGGAAACCCAAAUGACAAGCCAUUUCCUGGUGAAUGACACACAUUGCAAUCUGAAAAUAGU